AUGACUGUUGCCUACAAGACCAUAAGAUCAUCAGUUAAAACCCGCAAAAGAAAACCCAGCGAAACAGAAGCGCCAUCCACAAAACCACGUAACUUUAUCGCAAAAGAAGAUUUAGAAAAUAAACAAACACGUAGACGCAACCUCACAAAUCGCUCCGUCAACAAGAAGAAAGUUCUAGAAGAAGCAAACAACGCAAAACUUCGAGAAAUCGAAAUAAGAGUCGAGACUUGUACUACACUUUCUUUGCUCUGUCGCCAGAAAUUAGAACGUGAGUUAGCUGAACAACAGGCAGAGGAGGACGGAAAUAAUCACCCUGAGACACCACAACUGAGUCCCAUCGAUAAAUCCGAACCAGAACCGCCUACGUUACCGGACCCCAGUCCGGUUGACGGUGAGGUCAGCAAUGGGAGCAGCAACAGUAAUAGUGUCGAGUUAGUGAGUGUGAGUGUAGCUAGUGACAAUGUGCAAUGUGAAUCUAUGCCUACAGAGAAGGAAGUGGUGAAUGGUGAUUUAAACGAAAGUGAAGAGGAUUGUGUGAUAGUGGCUCAAACUAGGACAAUUAUAACGUCAAAUAAAAGAGUGGAGCAAGGGGAUUGCUCUAUUAGAGGUGACGAUGACGUGCCGUUGGUGUCGUCCUCGCCUUCUCCAUACGUCGUCCACAGAAUGGAUCUCGGCGGCGUCGUUGGAGGCGUUUCGGAUGCAUCGUCGGCAUCAUCAUCAGCAUCACAGUGCGCCGGUUUACUGCUGCGAUUUCCUGACGAUCGCUCGGAUUCGGGUGUGAGUUCAUUGCGUUCAUGUAUCAGCAAUAGUGGCGAUGAGCGAUCUGGAUCAAGAUCGAGUGCUCUAAGUUCUACCGACGAACCAACAAGUAGUUCUUUAAGUUCUUCGUCAUCGUCAUCAUCGAGCAGUAGCAGUAGUAGUAGCGGUAACGGAGGAAGCAAUAUCAACGUCGGCGUUGGCAGUAACGUCGCUGUUGCCUCGUCAGUAUCGCCACAGUCCUUAUUAUCGUCAGUAUCCAUUUCGUCGUCUACGGCGGGUGGAUUACAACAACAAAGAUCCCAUAGCAGAUCUCCACUAUACAUCCCCGCUUCAACUUCAAGUGUACAACAGAGACAUCACGAAGUAAGAAGCGAACCGGUAAGGGUCUGGAGAGACCCUAACCUGUUGCUAGAGGAGCCGCAUGUUCGGCACAUACAUAGCGUUCAGCAUCAGUCGCUACUAAUGUCACACUCUAACACCCCAGCCAGCGCGUCAGCCGGCCCGCCGCCCCCCUCGUCGUCCGUCGCGUCAGUAGCUGCUGCCGCUGCAGCUGCGGCUGCUCAACACCCAUCAGCCAGUGCCCUUGGCGCCUACCCCGUACCCCCACCUCCAUCGUUAAUGGCUCCCCACGUUCCGCUCACCAGUCACCAUCCUCAUCUAGCUGCAACUCAUGCCCUCUAUCACCACACGGCCCCAUUCACAGAAAUGCUGUGGAAGAGUAGUCCGAGGACGCAUUCUGCUUAUGGAGUACCCACCCACAUGCUAGCGGCUGCUCAACAGAGCAGUCAUUCUGCAGGUCAGGUUACGUCUCCUGAAGAAAUGCUUGCGGAAAGGGCACUAGCUUUACAAGAUAGAGAAAGGAUGUACAGGGAAAGGCAAAACCAGGAAAUGGAAAAGCAGAAGGAGAAAGAAAGGAUAGAAAGGGACAAGCAGGAGAGGGAAAAACUUGAGCGGGAAAGGCAGGAAAGAGAGAAAGAGUUGGAAAAAGAACGACAAGAACAGGCUUUGCACAACCAUUUUGAAAAGUCUCUACGAGCAGCUCAGCCAAAGAGGGAACCUUGGAAUCCUAUUACGGGUAGACCUACUCAACCUAGGACGUCUAGUAUGUCUGAAGAUGAUAGAAAACGUGUUGAGGAGAUGCACCACAGAGAACAGCAACAGAGGCAUAUGUCCGUUAGGGAUAACCGUGAUCAUAGGUCAUAUUAUGCUCCCAUUCAAAGGACGACCACCAGUAUACCACCUCCUCCCCCUGCACAUCGAAGCGUUUCAUCUAAAUCUAGCAUAGAGAAAGUCCCCGCCAUAUCAGUACAUCAAACCAUGCCUAAAACUGAACUAAAUAUUUAUGGAUAUCACCCAUCCCUUCACUCACAAAAUACCUUUUUUGAACCAAAGAUAAAAUCCGAAAUGCACAAAACACAGACGGGAGGUUUGGUUGUUACCAAAACUGGUCAAUUAGACAGAGAUGGUACAGCGAUGGUUAGCGAAUUAAAAAAUUCUGUGAUUGUCAAACAUGAAGCAAAGAAUCCCCAUCACCUAGAAACCAGGGUAUCAGUUGCUCAUUCUCCUAGUCCCAAAUUGAGGAAUGAGAUGUUAGGACAUUAUCAGUGUCCUACAGGACAAAAAAGUAUUUACGAAUACAGAAGUCCGAAUCAGUCACCACACUUGUCUUCUCAUACAGCUAGUCCUCAUCAUCAUGUUGAAGCGCAAAAUCUGGGAAAGGCAGCCAGUCACCACAGGCCUACCAGUAGUCAUGUCUCAAGCCCACAUCAUCAAAGACAAAGUCCGCACCAGCAUCCGCAUAGUCAACCUCAUCAAAAUCCUGAGAUGAGGUACCGUGCAGGAUCUGAAAAUCAAGCAAUGCUGUACCAAACAUCUGCAAAAGCAAGUUACCCAUUUACGACGGCAGGCUACACUAUGAUCUCCUCUGCAACACCUACUGUUGCAAACUCAAAACCGAAAGUUAGCAGUCCUGCACCUCAUCAAAUUUUCGGAAAACCUCCUAUAGGUGGCAGUUCCUCAAUGAUACCAGUAACGCGACCAUCACAUGAGAACACUUCUCCAAUAUCGUUGACUGCUAAACCACCACUAUCUUCAUCCAUUUCACCUUCACCUUAUCAACAGGUAUCACAAUAUCAUCCCCUUCAUAAUCAGCCGCCUGCUGUUAUGAACUGUCCACCACCUCCUGCUCAUAGUAGGACUCCUAUAACCACAUCUGGUGUUGUGGAUCGAUUUGAUAGAUCUACACCGGGCUAUGUACCUGCUGGACUUUCAGUAAAAUUAGUCGGACCAGGAACGUCACCACCUACUGCUACAUCGGCACCUUUACAAAUAUCUAGGACACAUCCGCAAUUUCAACCUAAUAUGGUCGGCAUUUCUCAGGUGCAGACACAACCUCUAGACUUAGGUGUUAGUUCAAGUAAAAUGGAGAACUAUCAGGCAGUUUCGCCAAAACGAAAAUCAAGUACGCCACUGAGCAUACCAGGUGAUCUAGGAAAUCCAGUCUGCCUAGAUGUAAAGAAGCGGAAGAUUGAGUUGGGACCUAGUGUAUCACCAAUGGGAACAAGUCUCUCACCGAUGGGCACAAGCGCGUCUCCACCCACGUUGAAUAUAUUUAAUAAUUCUUCUAUUCAACCACAAUUAUCAAGAGUUACUGAGCCCAGUCCGCUAAUAGCUAGUGCUGCUACAACUAUUACGACUGUGGUAAAUACUGCGGCGUACAGGACACCACCAACUACAAUGAUAUCACAAACACCUACAGUACUACCUGAGAAUCUACCGGAUGUUAGUGUAACAGCAGUUACAAUUGAACCUCCGCGACCAAUUUCUAUAGGUGAUCAAAGUCCCAAACCACCUACACCAACUGUCCCAGUGAGUAAUAGUCCGGCGCCAGUUAGUACAGCUUCCACCCCUACACCUCCUACUAGUGUAACACCAGGACCAACUGACGAACAACCGGGCACGCCGGUUAAAGUGAACCCUAGUGUGAUCGACUCUGAAAAGUCAAACAGUCCUGGACCAAUCAAGAGUUCAUCUAGCGGUAGUUACCCAGUGAGACACUUGAAGAAGGCAUGGUUACAGAGGCACACUGGUGAAGAUGCCGAAGAUACAACUGGCGUUGUCGGAUCUGGCAGUUGCGUAACAUUACCAUUAAAUAUAAAAACAACAACACCACCUCCUGCCCCCGUUAGAGAAAAUCCAGUUAACUCGAUACAUUCGAUAGGUACAAUGGCAGUAAACAGUAUAAAUAAAGCUAAACACUUUACCAACAAAACUGCUAAUAGAAAGGUUACUAAAGAAACGACAGUUAAUGGCGAUACAAAAAACGACGAUUCAUCAAGUAGUGAUCAAGACAGAGGCAGAAAGUCGCCACCAAAAAGAAAACCUCCCAAAGUGAAGCGAAAAAAAGGCGGGGGGUCCGCAGUGAAGAAAGCCGUCGACGAAAAGAAGAGGAAAAGCGGACCCCAAGCGACGCCGACGGCGCCCAGCGAAAGCGGAAGCGACAGCGAAAAAGAAAGCGGGAGCGACAAAGACUCAGACUCAGGAGCGAGCGGAUCAGCGCACGCCAAAAAGUCAGUAAACUUGGUGGGAAAAGAGCAAAGAAAACGUGGUAGAAAACCGAAGGGGUCAAAAAACGAUAAAAGCGAGGAGCCACGACCGAAGAAAAUCAAAGAGGAAGAAAUUCCGCCCCAGCGUGACCCCUUUCGCAAACCACCAGUGGGGCAGUUAAAAAAGACUGGGGAGAGUUUUUUGCAGGAUGGUCCGUGUUUCGAGGUUGCACCGAAAUUAGCCAAAUGCAGAGAAUGUAGAUGGACUCCCAAUCAACGUUCUAAGAAUAUGGCCAACAUAUUUUGCAGAUUUUAUGCAUUUAGACGAUUGAGGUACACCAAGAGCGGACAACUUGCCAUUGCAGGAUUCUCUGAUCCACACAAAGAUGCUUUAGAGGAGGAUGUCAGGCUGUGGCUUCCUAAUGCAGAUAAUGCACCAACAGAUCUGGAUCUAGAAACUUCCAGGUUUUUGUUAAAACAAGUUGGUGAUCAUUUUUGUGAUUUGUUAGUACAAGAAAAAGAAGCUCAUUCAGAGCAUUUGGCUGAUGAUAAAACUAUAGCGUGGAAGAGAGUGGUGCAAGGUGUUCGAGAAAUGUGUGAUGUAUGUGAAACGACUUUGUUCAAUUUUCAUUGGGCAUGUGGAAAAUGUGGUUUCGUUGUGUGUAUAGAUUGUUAUAAGGGUCGAAAACGAGGAACAAUUAAACUAUGGGUAGAAGCUAAUAAAGAUCGUGAUGAAUACUCCUGGUUAUUAUGUACAAAUCGACAAGUACACGAACAAGAAAAACUAAUGCUAACUCAAAUAAUAGCUGGAGAUUCUUUAAUUAAAUUAGGGAAGAUGGUUCAUGAGAUGAGGGAAUUAUGGGAUAUCGAACAAUUCUGUGAAUGUCCAGCGUCUAAAGAAGUCAAGAAUAAUAACCAACAGGUCAAGGAAGUCGUCAAGGCACUAUUAGGCUAUUAUAAUGUUAAUGGAGUGAAGAAAAAGAUUAAAGAUGAACGUGAAUCGGGCCCUGACCAUGAAAUCAAAAAAGAAGUCAGCAGCAGUGAUGACGAAGGCAAUUUCUCCACUUUAAGGGAACUACUCAUCCGACCAUCUCACAAACCAAAUGGCUCACGGGCCGCUUCUCCUAUAAUUAAGAAUGAAUCCAAAAAGAAAAUAUCACCUUCAAAAGCCUCUGAUCUUGUCGACGAUGCUAUAGCCAGCGUUAUAGAGGACAGUGUAGCAGCUCAAAAUCCCGCCGAGUCUAGAGAGCUGAAGCAUUACAUCAGGAGGUACCAUUGGCAACAAAAAGGAAGGGGGCAGUUACCUAUAAGGAUAAUGACCUUGACUGAGAGUAAAUUAAUGUAUCCUAAUACUCCACAUAGUUGGUUGUGCGAUGGAAAACUUUUGAGGUUGAGUGAUCCUGGCUCUUUGGAGAAUUACAAAAUUUUUCAAGAUCAGUGGGGACGUGGUCAGCCCAUAGUCGUCUCAGAUGUAACGCGGAAUUUCAACGCUGAGCUGUGGAGUCCGGAAUCCUUCGCUCGGGACUUCGGAGACGAGAAAAACGAUCUAGUCAACUGCAUGACAGGAAAAGUGUUGCCGAAUCAAACGAUGCGCAAAUUCUGGGAAGGAUUCGACCAUUUCACCAAGCGUUUGAAAGAUGAUAGAGGCCACCCGUUGUUGCUCAAAUUAAAAGACUGGCCACCAGGUGAAGAUUUUGCAGAAGUUUUGCCUACAAGAUUUGCUGACCUCAUGAAGGUGCUACCUUUGCCGGAAUAUACACGUCGAACUGGGCGAAUUAAUCUAGCUAGCAGGUUACCGGACUGCUUCGUACGUCCUGACCUGGGUCCCAAGCUGUACAUUGCUUAUGGUGCACCUCUUCAUCCAAGUAAAGGAACCACAAACCUCCAUCUUGACAUUUCCGAUGCUGUCAACGUCAUGAUGCACGUAGGUAUUCCCAAAGAUGUCGAUGCUGACGAGAACAUUAAAGAAGCAUUCCGCGCCAUUGAUGAAGCUGGUUGUGACAUAUUGACACGAAGACGCGUUAGGGACAAAGGAGGAUUGCCUGGAGCACUCUGGCACAUUUAUAAUGCUCGAGACGCUGAUAAGAUACGGGAUUUGCUAAAUAAAGUGGUGAUUGAAAAAGGAGGACGCCUAGAACCAAACAAUGAUCCAAUUCACGAUCAGAGUUGGUACUUGGACGGACCGCUGAGGGAAAGGCUGUAUAAGGAAUAUGGUGUGGAAGGUUAUGCCAUUGUACAAUGUAAAGGAGACGCUGUGUUUAUUCCAGCGGGAGCACCGCAUCAAGUUAGGAAUUUACACAAUUGUAUUAAGGUGGCUCAAGACUUUGUUUCGCCAGAGAACGUAGCCCAUUGCUUCCACUUGACACAGGAGUUCCGUGAUCUAACAGAGACCCAUUCAAAUCAUGAGGAUAAGCUUCAAAUUAAGAAUAUUAUCUAUCAUGCUGUGAAAGACUCACUCUCAUCACUAAGUGCAAUAAUAAACAGCCACAUAAACGUAAAAGGCGAAAAAGAUAUAAAAGCUGAAAAGGAUAUAAAAACGGAGAAAGAUGCGAAAAGUGAAAAAGAUUCUUCCAGCAGUGAAAGAAGUAACGGUAGUACUUCGAAUGAUGCCAAAUCGGACUGAAUUUUUGUGGCAACCUGAAUUUUAUUGUGAUAAUAGUAGACGCGAUUAUCUGUUCAUUAAAAGAUAUACAUGUAGACAGUAAAAAAAGAAUUGACCGAAAUGCUUUCGCCGCCUAUACAAAUACUGUAACAUUGUGAAUCUAUAAAUGUGUGAUAUUGACUCUUAGGGGUGCGAGACGAAAAACGAGGAGUGUCGAACAUUCUCCCCCGUUUUUGCUACAUUCCUGAAGACGUUUUUAAGUGUUUUGAGCGUUUUUCCUGUUGUUUUUCCUUUUUGUAUAUACUUGUACAAAAAUGUGCCUGUUAUUAAGUUUUUUUGAAUGAUUUUAAAUGCUGAAUAUGCACGGUUUACCUUCCUGUAAGUAGAGACUAGUGGCCAUCAGGCGAAUCCCGACCUGUACUUUAUUCUAUUAUACACUCUUUUUUGGUUGUUUGAUGUACGCCAGUCGGCCUUUAUCGUGUAUAACUUGUCGGACAAGCCGCAGAAGUAACCACAAGUCAGUCAAAUUUGAUGUUUCAAAUUCAAAUUGUAAAAUGUAAUCGUUUGCGGUAAGAGUUUUAUACAUUUUUUAGUACUACUACAAAAUAAGGAACUCAUGUGCGUUAGAAAUUUAAAAGGUGGUUGUUAAUGUGGAAUAUUGUUAUACUAAAUAAUCUGGAUUACCUCAGUUGAUACUUCUGAUUAAUUCGUUUUAUAUAUAAAAUACUUUCCAAUUUGUUUAAUAGAUGCAUUCAGUUGAUAUGUUUAAAUAAAAUUUAUCCCUUUGCCAGUAAGCGUUUACAUAAAUAUGAACUACUGAUCUUUCCUUCCUUUUCUUUCUUCACUAAACAGUGAAUUUUGUUUGAAUUGUGUUUGAAUUAUAGGGCUAGGGCUAGGAUAUACUAGCAUAACUAUGACCAGACUCUCUUUCUCUCUCUUGUCGUUUCCCAUUACUGAGGAUCAUGAUUUCUUCCAAUAUUCCUAACAAUGUUUCUCCAUUGGUCUCUAUCUUCAGCUGCUCUAAGAGCUUCGCAGAAUGAGUUUCCAGCUGAAUGCUUUAUUUGGUCAGACCAUCUAGUUGGUGAUCGUCCUCUUGAUCUUCUCCCGGAACGUUUCCAGAAACAAUUAAUCUUUCCAAAGUGACGUCACCUCUGCGAAUCACGUGACCAAAGAAUUGCAGAAUUCGUUGCAGACAUAUUGUGGACAGCUUUUUUUAAUAUUGAGUUGGUUUAGAAUGGAAACGUUUGUCCUAUGAGCUGUCUAAGGUAUACGAAGCAUUCUUAUCCAGCACCACAUCUCAAAGGCAUCAAUUUUUUGUCGCUCGCAUGCGCGAAGAUUUCAAGUCUCUGCUCCAUAUAGAAAUAUUGAGAAUACAAGGGCAUUCACCAGUCUCAUCUUGAUGUUUUGAGAGAUAGAUCUGUUUUUCCAAACUUUAGUUAGGCGACUCAUCGCAUUUUUUGCCAUACCAAUACGUCUCCCAACUUCUGCUUCACAGUUACCAUCGUUAGAUGACCAGACUAGUACGACCAAAUUUUAACAUUAAUUGAAAGGAACACUCUAAUAACACAAGUAAAUCCAUAUAUUCUAUUCUUCCUAGUCGGUCAUCCGAUUCCGACAUCGUCCCAUCUGGAAAAUUGUCAAUGAUUUCUCUUAAAACUGUCUCCAUCUUUCUCUAUCCUCUGCAACUCUGAAGCAAAGGUUUAGUGCAGCUCCGACCUCUUUUGUAAUAUGGUCCACAUAUAUUUUGUUUGUGAUCUUCUCCGGGCUCUAGCUCCUUGCAUCAUCCCCUGCAAUGUCAGCUUCUUCAGACCAUCUCUUCGCACCACAUGACCAAAGUAAGCAGUGAUUUUUUUGAGGCCUACCUGUAACGUCUAUAAUGCGUUUAUCAACUUCCUUUAAAUACCAUUCAGAUCCAAUAGAAAAAUGUAGAAGGUCAUUGUUUUUACCAAGCCUUAUAUUUGUAUCCAUGGUGAUGUUCUGGCUUUUCCAUACUUUGGUGAGCUUUAUCAUUGACGGCCAUGCUUCCGAACUGACUCGUUCUAUUUGUUCUAACAUAUCCGUCAAUUCUUCCAAGGAUUCGACAAUAAGCGUUGUAUUGUAUCAUCUGCAUAAGUUGUUGAUUCUUCUGCCGCCAAUGGAUAUGCCCUGUUCCCAGUAACAGUUCCCUAAACAACCCCAGUAACACGAUCCUGCCAGGUCACCAUAUGCCGAUCUUGGUACUGGGGGUUGGUACCCCCGAUGAUGGGGUUGAUUAAGUUGAAAACACUAUUUACCAGAUAUAUUUAUUUGGAACACUAAAUACGCCAAUAACUAGUUGGUGAACAAAGUCUAUGAUCUAACACCGUCGAUGUCUGAAUAAUGAAUCAAUCCCUCUUUUAAUUUCUCCGUAUCUAUAAAUAAAUCGUAAUUGUUUUGUUAUGGUUGACUACACCCGAAUGUGACCGUGAAUUACUAAUAAUAUUAGAAUCGCUGACUUCGGAGUUUUCAAAACGAGUGGCCUACAUUGCAACAUCAAUGUCACCCAUUUACGUAAUGUAAACAAUGCAUGUAGACAAUGUUUGUUUAAGACUUUUAAAAAUUAAAUCGAUAUGGAGUACUCUUAUUUUUUGAUGCUAAUAUAAAUCCUGUACAUGUUGAACAGAUUGGGGCUUAUUAUGUCUCUGAUAGUUCUCCAUGAGCCCAAACUUUUGCUGAGAUUUCUAUGUAGAGGUUUACUAGCAAUGUCACUAGGUGUUUUGGGAGCACUCACGUCCUUUAGGUAUUUUCACAUUUUGUCCUAACUCGCACAGUCGAAUGCCUUACUGUAAUUAAUGUUCUACAUGUGCUUAUAUAUUGAAUUCCUUUGCUUUUUCGAUGAUCUGUGUUAGGUUCAUAAUAUGCUCUAUGAUGCUCCUUUCUGCCGUAAAUCCUGCUUGUUCUGACACAUUCAGAUAUCCAGAUAUUCUAUUACCUGUUUGUUUGUCUCUCUGGUUAAUAUGAUUGCUCAUUUUAAGUACAUAAUUCAGUUCUUAUUCUGUAGUAAUAAGACCCGGUAAUAGGGACACUUUUUUCUUUCUUUUGUCCUAAGUUCUUGGUCAGUAAGCCAGAUUUUGGCUUAUGCUUGCUUUAUAUGUGUGUUUUAUCAUGUGUGUUCAGAUAUUAUUCAUACAGCUACCACCUUAUAAAGUACUAAAUUAAAAAUGUCUAUCAUUUCAGAUUUAGUGUAAAAAUAUUACAAGAUGAAAUUCUUACCGCACUGUAACUACUGUAAAAAGUGUACUUUAUUCCUUUUAAGUAUUUGUAUAUCUGUGAUUUUACACUAAAGUAUAUGUGGCUAAUUUCUGCUGUUGCUGCACAAGGCCUUUGUAUAUCAAUGUUUAAAAGUACCAAUGGUUAUUUUUCAACUAAUUGUAUACUGUGCCUGUCAAAAAAGAGAAAAUAUAAUGGUAUUUUUAGCAGUCCGCUAUUCAGUAUUCAAUGUGGGUAAAAAAAUGUUCAGACUUUAUAAUAGAUAGAAGUGGGUAUAUGUGUAUUUAGAUUCAUUCAUAUUGCGAACUAAACCGCAAAAACCAAGCUGUAAUUUUUACUAGUAUGAUCGUAUCACAAACUGAAUGUAUCUAGCUACACACUUAUCUAGAAGAGUGUUAGAAUUAUGCAAAAGAGAUGUUACUGAAUCCGGUAACAUGUGUAUUAAGAAUAAAAUCGAUUUUGUAACACCUCUAUUUUUGAGAAAACUUUAAAGUGCUAUUUCGAAGUGCCAAUUGAUUAUUUUAGGGGGAACGACUUAGCGAUUGGUUGGGUCAGCGGCGGGGCGACCAACAUUUUUGGGGGAAAUUGGUUGUUCGAUUUUGACUCGGCUCAGAGGGGGCAAGGUCGCAAGUUAAAAAUGAUCUCGAUUUGUGUUUUUCUUUACAACGAUUAGUGUAAUUAAUGAUUCCACUUUUAGAGAUCACCUUUCGAGUUCUAUUUUGAAGUAAAGAAAAUAUAGAGUUUAUUUACAAAAAUAGGAGUCUUACGAACGUGACUUAAGUUUUUGGAAAAAAUGUGAAAGAUGUAAAUUGUCCUAUAAUAGCUGUAUUUUUAUUCUUAAACAUAUCUAAACAAAACAGAACAACCCACUCACACAAAAAUGUUGACAUAACUGUGUCGCAAAACGUCCUACAUAUUUAUGUAUGUAUAUUGUAUAUGCCGCUUGCCUAUCUUGUUUAUGGCAUUAGUUAUUAAUUAACAUGUACUUUCAAGUCUUUUUAUAAUAAUCUUCUUUGUACAAUACUUUGUUUUUUCCUUAAACUCUAAUAAGUUCUGUGGCCAAAAUUAAGGCCAACAGUUUUCUUAUAUUAGUAGUUUUAGUUUCUCAUCUAGUUCAAACGUCAGUUGACUCAGUUUCUGCCUUACAUCACUUAGCACAUUACAAUGGCAUAAUAUGUUUCUGACAGUCUCUUCUUUCAUUUCGCACUAUUAGUCCAAGAGGCAGCGCUGAAAAAUCUAUUUGAAUUUACUAAAGCUAGAUUUUUCACAGUUGAUUACUGUGAUUGUGUAGAGAAACAUACUGCGGUCGGUCAAGCGAAACGUAGAACAGGGGUUACUGAAAGGGUAUCAAAGUUGCUUUUCUACGAAGAUAAUUAAAUCAAUUUACUAAGGCUGAAAAUCAGUACACACAUUCUAAAUUAAAUAUAAAUAAAAGUUAUUAUAGUCGGUCAGCUGUAUGACGGGACAGAGCCGGUCGGUCGGCCCCAGUGAAUGUACAGGGUUAUUCACUAUAUUUUGACCCCCUUGUAAACUGCUUUUUUACAGAAUUAGAAAAAAAUGUAAAAUACUAAAGUUAUUCGAUUUUUAAAAUAUGAUUAUUUGACAUAUAUAUCGUACUAGUGACGUCAUCCAUUUGGGCGUGAUAACGUAAUCGACUAUUUUUUUUAAAUGCGAAUAGGGGUCGAGUGCUAGCUCAUUUGAAAGGUUAUUCAAUUCCCUAUUCAGUAAUAUAAACAUUAACAUGAUUAAUUAUACAGGGUGUCCAAAAAAAAUUUAAUUAAAUUAAUUGUUUAAUUAAUAAUUAAAAUUUUUUUUUGGACACCCUGUAUAAAUAAUUAUCUUAAUGUUUAUAGUAUUGUCUAGAGAAUUGAAUAACCUUUCAAAUGAGCUAGCACACGCCCCCUAUUCUCAUUUAAAAAAAUAGUCGAUUACGUCAUCACGCUCAGAUGGAUGACGUCACUAGUACGAUAUAUAUGUCAAAAAAUCAUAAUUAAAAAAUCGAAUAACUUUUGUAUUUUACAUUUUUUCUAAUUCUGUAAAUAAAGCAGUUUACAAGGGGGUCACAAUAUAGUGAAUAACCCUGUACAUUCAUUGGGGCCGACCGACCGGCUAUGUCCCGUCAUGCAGCUAACCGACUAUAAUAACUUAUUUAUCUUCAAUUUAUAAUGUGCGUACUGAUUUUCAGCCUUAGUACCUUCGUAGGAAAGCAACUUUGAUACCCUCUCAGUAACCCCUGUUCUACGUUUCGUUUGACCGACCACAGUAUGUUUCUCUACACAAUCACAGUAAUGAACUGUGAAAAAUUUAGCUUUAGUAAAUUCAAAGAGAUUUUUCAGCGCUGCCUCUCCGUCUAUAUCUGCACUAUGGUUCAUUCAUCUUACUUAGUUUGUAUACAUAGAUGGUGCAAUAUCCAGUCACCGUUUUGAUCUCUCGUUUAUUGAGGUUCAUCAAAUCGUUCGAUAGUUUUUUUAUCGAUAUUCUUGAUUAUUUUUGUCAGUCUAGAUUUGCCCUUGAGUGGUUCUCCAUUUCUUUUGAUGAUUCCUCAGCAGCCAUGUCUGAACCUCGUUUUUCGUAGUAUCGUAAGUGAUGCUACGAAAGUUUCUGUCAAACAGCAUAUCUAGAGCUACAUAGUUUAUGGGCUUUUGUAGCAUGAAAAUAUGUGUAGGUACCUUAAAUGUGUUAAUUUUCAAUAUUUUAUUGAAAUAUUUUUUGUCAAAAUAAUCAUCAAUCUUUCACAUUUUAUUUUAAAAUUUAACGCUUUUUACAAUAGUAUUGAUCAAUAGUACUAGACAAUUUUGCUUUGUUUGGUUUUCAACAGUUUCAAGAGAUUUUCUUUAUUUUAAAACUGUAGAACUGUAGAAAAUGAUCUUUUUUGUGAGGGGCGGUGUUAAAACAAAGACCCUCGCACUUGUCAGAGAAUUUUGAUUGGUUUAUGUUCUUUUUUGUACAUUGAAAAAUGUUCGUUUAUCCUAUAUAUAAAUAUUGUAUAUUAUUUGGAGAACACAUUAUUUAUUUGCUUUUACAGUAAUGUACAGUAGUAAUAGAUUUUUGUACAGUAACGAAUAUGUUUCCUUUAAUUGCCUGUUAAAGAGGCCCAAUAUAGUUUUUUUGUACUAUGUAUAUUAUGUAAGAUUAUAGGUUUGAAUAAGAAAAUGUUUAUUACAA